AUGUCGUCAGAAGGACUAAAAGAUUACCUUGACGACUAUAGUUGGGGCAAACCUAACCUGACAGCUUCGCAAUGCUAUGAUUUGGAUCUGUGUAGCCUUCACAAUGGUGCUAGGGUUUGUCAAAGAUGGCAUCUUAUUGCAAGAGAUUUCAGCCUGCAAAAGAAGAUCACCAUAAGGAAGACUUUAAAUGAGAAUCAACUAAAAAGUCUCGUGCAUAAUCAUUUUUCUAAAACUCUAGAAGAGUUUUACUUGCUGAAGCCAUCCAGUUCUUCACCAUUACUCGCCGUGAAAAGAGACACCUUGUGGAAAUUGUCUAUACAAAGUAACAGAAUGAAGAAGUUGGUCUUGAUGUCCUGCUCACUAUCGUCCGUAUCUCUGAAAGAUUUGCCCCCUAGCCUUCUGCAUUUGAGUGUUAGAGAAUCAGAAAUUUAUCCAGAUCUGUUCUUUGGCUCUAAACCGCACUUAUCUGUGCCUCAUCUAACAUGUUUAGAUAUUGGAGGAGUGAGCAAUUUUCUUACUAGUCAAGAUUUGCAUGUCUUUUCCACUUUAAGGUCUUUGCGAGCUUUGUAUCUGGAAGGAUGCUUUCGGAUCAACAAUGGCGGAAUAGAAUCCAUUGUAGACAUUUUACCACAGCUUGAAAUUCUUGAUGUCGAAGGCACUGACAUAUCCAAUGACGGAGUUCGAACAAUCUUGCAGUUCUGCAGCAGUGCGAAGGAGUUGUACAUCGGGCACACUUCUAUUGAUGAUGGUGCGUUUUCUGCUGUCGGCGAAAAUGAGAUGCCAAAGCUAUCUUUUUUCUGCAUCCGAAACACAAAUAUUUCAUCUAGUGGUAUUCACACUUUUCUCAUGCAUCAUCUGCACAACCAAAAAUUGGUGGUAAAAGCAGACUUUGACUGCAGCAGUAACUGUUUCAAUUUAAAGGAUAAUUAUAUGGUGCCUGGAACAGAUGGAACAUUGCCUUAUGUUGCAGACAUAAAGUGCCAUCACUAUUUGUCUCAUAAAUGUUGAGUGAUAUUUUAAUACUCUCGUCUUUAAACAAUAUCCAUUGAUUAUAAAUAAUCCAACAAUCUUCAAAUGUAAACAUUUCACCAUAUUGUAUAUUCUAUAUUGGACACCCCA